CGAACUGCUGAGUCUAAUCGUCGCCUUUCGACCAGUUCGGUAAACCGAGCCAUGGAAGAAGGACAAGAACGACGGAUUCAAUUAAAUUCUGGACGAGCUCAGUUGGAUGAGUAUUUCAUUGGGAAUGAGGUGGUUACAGCGAAGUACACCUGGUACAGUUUUCUGCCAAAGAACUUGUGGGAGCAGCUUCAUAAAUUUGGAAAUGUGUAUUUCUUGUUUAUCUCGGUGGUCAUGUACUUGGGUGAGACCACUGAUCUCUAUGUGGGCACCAUCCGAGCCUUCUCCACGCUCGGUUUGCUAGUGAUGAUGAUGGCCGUCACGGCCGCCGUGGCUUUGUAUGACGACAUUCAGAGAGGCCGCGCGGACAAGGAGAUCAACAUGUCGAUCGCCACAGUCCUCGUGGAGGGCCGCGAGGUUGAAAAGAAAUUCAAGGACCUGCAGGUGGGUGACAUCCUCAUAGUGAAGAAGGACCAAGACUUUCCGGCUGACACCAUCCCCUUGCAUUGCUCCGGGGAAGGUGGCAACUGUUACGUCUCCACCGCCAACUUAGAUGGGGAGACCAAUCUGAAGCUGAAGACAGCCCCGUCGAUCACACAGAAAGCCCUCAUGAAUUCUUCAGGCUCCCCUGCAGGCAGCUUGAGCAUGCUGAAGCGGAUCGAGAUCGUGGCCGAGGCACCCAAUGGCAAUAUCCAUGACUUCAAUGGUAACAUCACCGUGGAGAACCAAAAGGCCUCUUUGGGCCAGAAGCAACUGCUCAUGCGUGGGACCGUGUUGAGGAAUACCGACAAAUGCACAUGUGUGAUUGUUUACACAGGAAAUGACACCAGGAUGGUGAAGAACUCCCGGCCUGCGCCAAUGAAACAAUCCAACUUGGAGAUCACCACCAACAAGGCCAUGUUCAUCGUCCUGUUUGCUCAGACAUUGAUUUCUUUGACCUGUGGAUUUCUCCACAUUCAAUUCAAGCCAAAGCAUCAUUGGUAUUUGGAGGAGGAGCGCAUCAUCCUGCCUGAAUGGCUUGCUUGGUGGUUGACCUUCUUCACGUUGUUUUCGAAUUUGAUGCCGAUCUCCUUGUACCCUACUGUGGAGUUCUGUAAUGCCUUCCAGUGCCGAGCGAUCCGGCUCGACGAGAAGAUGCAUUACAAAUUCCCCGACAGCAACGAGCUGUUUGAAGCUCGCACGAGAAGUACGAACCUCUCGCAGGAGCUGGGUCAGGUUGGCUAUGUUUUCUCAGACAAGACAGGCACUUUGACGCAGAAUGAUAUGAUUCUGAGGCGCUUGUCCAUCGGCGGCAAGAAAUAUGGGACCUUCUCCUCCGGGCCGAGUUUCGCCAAGGACAAGAAGAUGGAGGCAUCCGAACCGCCUGAUGAAGCUCGACGGCAGGCGUAUAUUACGUGGAGGUCUUUUGAUGAUGUGUGUACUCACCGGUCCCAACAUGUGACAUGAGAUUUAGUUUUACUGAAUUUUAUUCAUGUCACAUGAAGGUAGGUGGACAUGAAGGUUUCAUUGAAGGACAAAAGAAAGCCCAUGCACAACAAAAACUGUUGUGAAUCCUGAACGUCAAGCCUUUGGGGGGGCAGCAGCUUCUUUUUGAUCACAGGGAAGAAGAAACUGUGAAUCAUAUUGAUGGAUGCCUGGAUGCCUGGAUGCUGAGAUUGUGUAUCACAGGUGCAGAAAGGUGCUGUACAAAGGAUAUAUGAUGGACAAAGUGUCCAAACACCUGUUGACCCUACUGCUUCGAAUCCCUCCAUAGAUUGUUGGAACGCUGCUGAGCGCUGGCUUGGCUGUACAAGAUGUUUGGAGCGCCCAGACCCUCAAUGCUGGAUUCAAUGGAGGGAAAU